GUAAAAUAGCUGUACUUGGACUUAAGAAACCAGAACUAGUUAACCGUACAACCGUCAAUGAGACUAGUUUUUUAGAUUAGCGGCAAUAAAAUAAAUCCCAUACUAUAAAAACUAAAAGAAAUAGGAUGUUGUUUUUGGUCUUAUCAUUUGUUGGAGUUGAUCACCUGUAAUAAGACUGUAACCAUUCAGCCAUUUGGCCAAACAAUAAACACCAUGUUAAAGGCCAUCGCUUCGGUGCACAACUGACAACGCGACUGCAAGGACAUCAGUUCACUUCAGAGCAAAAAACGGCUGACUCAAGAAAAUAUCAUCAGAAAAAAGAAAACGGAGUUAAUAAAACGAAAACUUAAAUACGUUUGUAAUAUAACCCACCUAACCCUAACCCUAAAGUGGAUUGGUGUUGUAUCGUGAUCGUUACUACAGGGUUAUUGUCGCCUACCAGUGGUCACCCGUCAGAAGCGACAAGGGUAGAUGAUUACGUCAUUAUUGCAGCUAAACGUGAUGAUCCCUCUCGGUUGCACCCAGAACUGUUGCAUGAUCUCAUGUCGUUGAACAUGCAGGCGGUAGAAAGGAAAUGGUCUUUUGUGCUUCCCUUAAUCUUUGCUUUGCCUUGUUCGUUCUGUUCUUCACCAUCAUAAUAACGUUGGGGUGCUGUUCGUGUUGGUUUGAUUAUUAUUCUAUGGCCGUAGGACGAGACAAAAGUAAAGAUAAAGAUACAUGUCAAGUUAAAAUAGAGGAUAGUACGAACGAACGAGCCUUAAAGUGAACUAUACUACCUGAGGGUUAUACAGGCAUUCAACAGAUCUGCUAAAGUGCCAACGAAGGAUUUUAACAAAGAAACCGAUUGAUAGUCCGAAGCUGUUUGUCAUAUUGGUUUUUGUCACGUGGGUGAUGCCUUGUGCACAGGCCACUCAUCACUGGAUACCUCGUCAACAUGAAAUGGGUCAUAAUGUACGCGUGGGGAUGCCUCAUGCCUUCAGGCAGCAGGAGUUUUCACAGAAAAUGCGCUUUGAAGUAUUUUACGAUGAAAGCAUGAAAGACCUUAGCCAUUCGAAACGUCUACUUGUUAGGAACAAGUUGAUACCAGAAGCAGUAGCUUACUUUCACAACACGCUAAGUGUACGACCAAGCAAAUCAAAUAUUACUCUUCAGCGAACUUGUAAAAACAAUGCGUAUUAUCUGAAAGACACUAGUGGAGAUAAAAAUGGCGAUGUACAGUUCUGUAAACUUGAAUGCAUCCCAACAAAAUGUGGUCCUGUGGCUGCUCCCAAGCAGCAUCUCGAUCAGUGUCGAAUAUGUGAUACUAGAGGAGUGGAAUGUUUGACGAUGCCAGGAAUGGAAUGGAAGGAUGGACCAGGAGUGAAUAAAGACUUUAUUUUAUACGUAUCAUCCAUACAGACCUCACACUGCUAUUCUGCCAAUGCAGUCGCAUAUGCAUCUUAUUGUCAACAGGAACAAGUACUAGAUCGACCUGUAGCUGGGUUCGUGAACCUUUGUCCAAACAGGCUUGAGACAGGCACAGUGCAUUACUCCAGCCUAGUGUCUACAGUUAAGCACGAGAUUUAUCAUGCUCUGGGAUUUAGCGCUGGUUUGUAUGCAUUUUAUAGGAAAAGAGACGGAUCUCCGUAUACAGCAAGGGAGAAAAAUGGUCUUCCUUCUUACAAUAAGAAAUACAACCUUUACCAAUGGAGUCCAAGUGUCGUGAGGAAAAUAGAGCGAAAGAAAUGGGCAGUGCGUCAUGGGUAUGUCACACACACAGUCCACAUGAUAGUCACGCCACGUGUUAAAGAAAAUGUAAGAAAUCAUUUUAAUUGUAAAAGCCUGGAAGGAGCUGAAAUAGAAAAUCAGGGAGGACUGGGAACAGAAUUUACGCACUGGGAAAAAAGACUCUUUGAGAACGAGGCUAUGACGGGCACUUAUACACAAAACCCUGUGUUUUCUCGGUUAACACUGGCGCUAAUGGAAGAUACAGGUUGGUAUAAAGCAAACUAUAGCAUGGCGGAUACUCUUGAUUGGGGUAAAAACCUUGGUUGUACGUUUGCUAAAUCAAGCUGUAAGACAUGGAUGGAGCAAAAUAUGGAAGAUAUGAGUUUAGCUCAACCUUUCUGUUUUACUAUUAAACAGGAACCACUACGCAUGCGUUGCACGCACAGCAAAAUGUCCGUAGCUUUGUGCAAUCUUCGUCAAUAUGAUAAAGUACUGCCAGACGAAUAUCAGUAUUUUAACUUUCUUCCUGACACAAAAGGAAAACACCUUGGGACGUUGGUAGGUGACACCGCGUAUUAUGGUGGAGCAGUAGCCUUGGCUGAUUACUGUCCUUAUUAUCAGAAAUUUACACUAAGCGAUAAGGGCGGUAAGAAGCGCGAAACCACAUGUACGGUAACAGAUAACGCACCAGCGUCUAUGGACAAUUUUGCCCUUGAGUCUUAUGGGACCAAUUCCAGAUGUUUUGAGCAGGGAAGGCAGUGGACUGGUAAGAAAGGACUGCUAACGAGGACCAUGCUUGACUGGGGCAGUGGUUGCUACAGAUAUUAUUGUGACGAUGGCAUUAAAGUUCACAUAGGUAAUAAGGUAUAUUCUUGUUUUCAAGAAGGUCAGCAUAUUGAGGUAAAUGGGGUGCUUGGUGAAUGGGCCAUCAAUGGCUCGUUAAUUUGUCCAUCGUGUCGGCAAUUUUGUGGCGACUCCACAGGAUGUCCAAUGGAAAUUGUUGACGAUAACACAGAAGAUGGAUUAGAAAAAGACAAGAAAAGCUUGGCAACCAAUACACAACAUGCUCCUCGGCAUUGGAAAAACAUUGUUUUGAGAUCAAUGUUGAGUGUUUUAGUUUCAAUCUAUGUACUUUGAAACUUGUUUUAUAAGAUAACGAAGGCAACGCGAACCACGGCCGAAAGAAUAGCUUGUUUUUACUAACCUUUAAGAGGGAAUUGUAAAGAAAUAAUUUGAAAUAAAAUAAAAUCUCACACUAUACUA